AUGACCACAUUUAAUGCUUUCUUUCCAAACAACCCUCAUCAGUGGCCCAGGUUCUAUCCCAAAGGUCACUCAACCUACCACUCUAUGUACCAAUGUACCACUAGUACCUCCACUAGGUCUCCUGUACCCCUAAAUCUCUGUGUGAAGCCACCACCACCAUCAACCAGCCAGUGCAGUAUAACUACCACCAGGCCCCCAGUUCCACUUACCCCCAGUGUUAGUGUCCCAGUGUCUGCCACUCUCCAAGCAAGUGAAGCCAUUCAAAGGUCAUCUACCUCCAUCCAGUCAGACAGCCAGGAAUCACAUCAAGAAACGACACACAAAAUUACACUAUUGCUACUGGACCUAACAAAAACCUAUCAACAUCUGAACUUCAGGAACAAACCGGCUUUCUAUCAGAAACUUCGAACAGCAUUCACACAGAAGGGGUACAACCUGUCAACAGAAAAAAAUGACAAAAAACUAUCAAAUAUGUUAACAACCUACAAAAGGGUGAAGGACAGACGGCGUGUCACUAGUGAGGGGAAGAAUGCCUGGGAGUACUAUACACUAAUGGAUGAGUUAUUUGGCUUAUCAGGGAUUGGCACUGCACCACCUGGUACAAUUUACUCCACGCCGUUAUUUUCGGAAGAAACAUCCUCAAACAAAUCCACUACACUUCAAGACCAACAACCCCCACCCGUUCAAGACAAGCCGGCUGAGGAUGAACAUCCUGGAACCUCAGCAAUGCAGAGCACAACCAAUCUUCCCAGCAGGCAGAGGAGGCAAACGCAAUCCUCUCAGUUUUUAGAGUCGUAUGAAGCACAUGCAGAAAGGAGGACUGCUGUGCUUGAGACACUGGUGAGGCCUGACUUGGAGAGAUGGCGGCGACUAAAGGAGAGGCGUAGGCGAUCCUUUGAAAGGAAGAUGCUGACCAGCAUGGGAUUGUGGAAGAGCUAA